GACGUUUUUCUUGUGAUUUCCCAGUUGGUGUUAUAAAAGGAUACAACAUGAUCAAGGUGGUGAUGGUCACCCACCCAUAGUUGGCGAAGAUCUUUUGAGGAAACACCUGGAGAGGCUCAAUAUCUACAAGUCAGCAGGACCGGAUGAACUACACCCGAGAGUGCGAAAAGAAUUGGCUGAUGUCAUCACACGACCAAUGGCAAAGGUCCAGAAAAUGGCAUAGUAAUAAAUUCACCUUCCAGUGACCUGGAGUCCCUCUUUGGCAUCUGUGAACACUGCUUGGACUGAUCUGAAGCUUUUGUUUUGGACUAAAGGAACUUGCCCACUGCUUGCCCUGAAAACCUUUCUCUCCUAAUUCAUGAGCCAGCAGAAUGCGGUCGCUGUGCUUUCAGAACGCCUUCUCAUAGCUGCAUACAAAGGCCAAGUGGAUAAUGUGGUGCAGCUUAUCAACAAGGGUGCCAAGGUAGCAGUUACCAAGCAUGGCCGGACCCCUUUGCAUCUUGCUGCCCAUAAGGGCCAUCUCCGUGUUGUCCAGAUUUUGUUGAAGGCAGGCUGUGACCUUGAUAUUCAAGAUGAUGGUGACCAGACGGCAUUGCAUCGGGCGGCUGUUGUAGGGAACACAGAUGUAAUAGCAACUCUUAUUCAAGAGGGGAGCUCUUUGGACAGACAAGACAAGGAUGGCAAUACAGCUCUUCAUGAAGCAUCUUGGCAUGGAUUCAGUCAGUCUGCCAAACUGCUUGUUAAAGCAGGAGCUAAUGUUCUUGCCAGAAACAAGGCAGGUAACACACCUCUGCACUUGGCUUGCCAGAAUAGUCAUUCUCAAAGCACUCGUGUUCUGUUACUUGGAGGAUCUCGGGCAGAUCUCAAGAAUAAUGCAGGAGAUACCUGUUUGCACGUUGCUGCUCGUUAUAAUCACUUGCCCAUCAUUAGGGUACUCCUCAGUGCUUUCUGUUCUGUACAUGAAAAGAACCAGGCUGGAGAUACUGCACUACAUGUAGCUGCUGCACUAAAUCAUAAAAAGGUGGUUAAACUCUUACUGGAAGCAGGAGCUGAUGCGUCCAUUGUCAACAGUGCAGGUCAGACACCUCUAGAGGUUGCCAGACAGCACAAUAAUCCAGAGGUUGCUCUUCUCCUCACUAAAGCAUCUCAGGUCUCACGUUUUAAUCGUGGAAGAAGCCUGAGAAAGAGGAGAGAGAGACUGAAGGAGGAAAGGCGAGCUCAGUCUGUACCAAGAGACGAAGUGGUACAGAGCAAGGGCAGCGUGUCAGCUGCUGAUGACACUCAUAGCAGUGACCAGGCACCCCAGAGGAAAGAUCUGAAAGAUGAACCCCCGUCAGCCUCUCCAGAUCCCAGAGGAAAGAACAAAAAGAAGAAACUAAAAGGAAAGACUUCAGCACUCUCAGACCCCACUUCACCAGCUGACCAGCAGAUGCUCCCUGGUCCUCAACAGAAUUUGCCCAAACGGAGAAGUAAACACCGCUGCUCGUCGCCACCACCUCCACAUGAGUUCAGAGCCUACCAGCUGUACACACUGUAUCGUGGAAAAGAUGGGAAAGUAAUGCAGGCUCCGAUAAAUGGAUGUCGUUGUGAGCCCUUGAUCAAUAAAUUGGAGAAUCAGCUGGAGGCAACCGUGGAAGAAAUAAAAGCUGAGUUUGGGACAGUGCAGGAUAAUAUGAAUGCCAAGCUGGGUCAGAUGGAGAACAGAACUCAACAUCAACUCCGUGUUUUAGAUAAGCUGAUGUCUGAGAGGCUAUCUGCAGAGAAAACAGAAUGCCUUCACCGCCUUCAACAGCAUGCUGAACUGGAAAAAAAUGAGGGCGAGAAACGGCAGAUUUCUUUGGUGGAUGAAUUGAAAACCUGGUGCAUGCUAAAGAUUCAGAAUCUGGAGCUCAAACUUUCUGGAGAUUCUAGAUCUUCAAGACCAAAAUCAACUCUGUCAACUUGUGAGUCCCUCACUGAGACCCUGGAUACAGAGAAUCCCCAUAGUGCCAAGGAUGGUAAAACUAACCAGACGCCACUGCAGUCAGAGGGUUCACAGCAACAUUCCUAUAUCACUCUUCAGAACAGUCUCUCAGAAGACAUGGGCAGGAGUAAAGGCCAAACUUCAGAACAAAGUUUUGGAAAGCAUUAUUUUGUUCCACAAGACAGCAUGUCAGGUGGAGAACAACAAUUGGUAGCCACUGGUCCAGCUCCUUCUGCAGUUGCUCCUCAAGCUGUUAGGCCUAAGGACAAAGCUGUUAGCUCUGCUGCUAUCAACCGGUUCCAGCAGGAGCUGCCAUCGUCAGAGCUUUUAGGUUCCAAAUUAAGACAUGUUAAGGUACAAACUGCUUUGCAGCCCUUGACAGAACUUGCAAAGACUGAGCAACAGAGUGGCUGCUUCAUAAACAAAGGAACUCAGACAAAGAAAUCUAGCAAGAGUGGGCAGUCAAGACACAGGCCUCAGCAGCAGUCAGUAACACAUCCGACCCAACAGCAGCAGCCACCUGCUCUGCCUUCAGGUGAUCAUUCCACUCCUCAGAUCAGAGACACUUCCCAAGCGCUAGAGAUUACUCAGUACUUUUUUGAGGCUGUUUCCACUCAAAUGGAAAAGUGGUAUGAACGCAAGAUUGAAGAAGCUCGGUGCCAAGCUAAUCAGAAAGCGCAGCAGGACAAAGCCGCACUCAAAGAACAUAUUAAAAGUUUAGAGGAGGAGCUCAAUAAAUUAAGGACUAAGGUACAAAAGGAAAGCUAACAUCCAUGAAUCAGGUGCAGGAAAGGAGAUGUUGCAAGACUGGUUUUGGAAUCUGUUGGUAUACAGAACAUUGUGCAUGUUAGGUGCAAACAAAAGAUGCCCUUUUUAAGGAGCGAAAAUAAUGUGAGGUGUUCCAGUGACACAGAGCAAAAAUUCAGGUAGACUGUCUAUAUAGGCAAAAGUAUAUCUUUGGAGAGCAGACAUUUUCUUAAGAUGUAUUUUACAGUUACAGAUUAGAAGUAUCAGGUAUUCCCAUGAAAAAAAAUACCCAAAAAAUCACUUUCUGAAAGAAAGAAUGCUUUCAGUUUCCUGUUAGGUCAUAAACAAACACCAAAAGCCAAACUUUCUGGAUAGUUGUUUUCACAGACAAAUAUAAUUUUAUGGUGGUGUGGAACAAAAUUGAGAUGUAUACUGGGGAAAUCUUGUUAGAAAUGAGUUACUUCAUUACAGAGGCUUCCUACUGACAUUUUAUUUUCUUGGGUUGCAUUAUUAUAACAGUGUGUAACUGAUUUCCUUUUAACAACUAUUAUUUGAGUAUAUGAUUGGUGAGGAUAUCUGUACUCAAGUAACCUUUUUGAAAACUUACAGUAUCUUAGAGAAAGUGAAUGGCUAAUAUUUUCUUGAAUCCACACGACUUUUGUAUGCAUGCAAGAAGUCUUCACUCACUGCCUUUCUUGCAUGCAUACCAG